UGCUUUAGACCCGGAGUCACGUUUCUUAUUCAGAUCACUGUAUGGAUUGACACCAAACAGCAUCUUGUCAUGUCUUUUUGCGGUGCAUAAAUUAAAUAGUUUGGGGGGGGGGAUGGGGGGUAGCACGUUUGAGAAAAAAAAAUGGACCCGAUAACUUUAACAGUAGGGGUAGGAAGAAGAGAAAAAAGCGUCUGGCAAGAGUGGAUAUUAAAAACAUGCAGAGGGAGAGGAGCUCGGGGCCUUCAAGAGUCAGGAAAAAGACGUCGGGGAGCUGCAUAUAGGAGAUGGGCACGGCGUUCGUGUUUGCCCCCAGCCCAUUGAUUUGUAUAUGAAAACAUAGCGCUUUUAUUCUCCCCCCGUCUCGGCUCCGCUUCUGAGUGAUCAGCUGAUGAAGAGACUAGCAGCUCGCCGCUAUGCUGGUUUGCUAAUUCUCUCCCCCACAGCUGCAGCCGAUCCUGAUAGCCAGCCUGCACACUGCACUCAGCCUAUAGCAGGAGAGAACGGUUCUCUGGACGACAUGGAAGAGGACAUCAGUCUUAAGAAGCGUAAAGGUGAACAGCAGGGAGAGAAAGUUCUGCAGGCUGGGCAGGUGACUGGUGAAAAGGUCAAAAGAAAGCGGGGGCGCCCACCAGCUGAGAAACUCCCUCCAAACCCACCUGAGCUCACCAGAACACUGAACACCCUGGUGGACAUGGUUAUGAACUACAGAGAUGGGUUGGGCCGACAGAUCAGCAAAGGCUUUGUUCAGCUUCCCUCUAAGAAGGAGGUUCCCGAGUACUACGAGCUGAUCCGAAAGCCAGUGGACUUCAGACGGAUCAGAGAACGAGUGCGCAAUCACAAGUACAGAAGCGUGGGGGAUCUGGAGAAGGAUAUUUUCCUGCUGUGUCACAACGCUCAGACCUACAACCUGGAAGGAUCUCAGAUCUACGAGGACUCAAUAGUCAUCAAGUCUGUUUUUGAGAGUGCGAAGCAGAGAAUCGUCACAAAUGAGGAACAGAAAGAGACGGUCAGCACGAGUCACGGUGACGAUGGAGGCCGAGCUGGAGAAGACCAGUUUAUUCCCUCAGAAGUGAAACCAUUACCGGUUCAUCUAAACAAGGGGACUAAGGAGGAGAGGAGCAGAAACACAAUGGCCAAGAGGCUUCACAGCAACUUGGACAGUGACGACAAUCUAGAAGACAACACCACUAAAGACGAAGGGUGAACUGGGUGAAAGGUCAAAAAGGUCUCCUUUUUUGUAUGAUUCAAUGUCAGUUCACUGCCACAUCCUUUCUCAUUUGAAUUCUCACAUUCUGGGAAAAAUACAUCUCUUCAAUAACAAUACAGGAAGAGCCAUUUAGAGAGAUUCGCUCAUGGAAUUUUCUUUUUUUUUUUUGAUGAUGAUGACUCAUUCCACUUGCUGCACUUUUUCGUAUUCAGUUUGGCUUCCACAGUAAUUAUACUUUUCAUUUUCUGGUCUCUGUGAUUGCUUCUGCAGUUAUUACUGUAAGACACACUGUUUCACUGACUGUUUUUAAUCUGUAUAUUUGAUUGUAUAAAAGCCUUCAUACGUCUACAAGCAUGAUGAUUUAUAGAUAAAUAUAUACAGUGUACACGUCUCCUGAAACCAGCUUCAUUAGAGAGGACAUUUGAAGAGGACGAUGAUGAUGCAUUGAUUAUGAGAGAAUGGAAGCACAAAGCAGGGUCGUUUGAAUACAGUAUCACCACAACUGAGGGAGUGACAUCGUCCAAGAAUACACCGAGUUAAGGUAUAAAGUCAAAGGGAUUCCUGAGUACUUGAGCCGGUGCCUUCUGUCUAAGGAGGUAAGGCAGGGAAAUGUCGCGGCGGAAUGUUAGGAUCUUAGUUAAGCAUUUUUCUAUCUUUUGUGAUACCGUGUAUUCACAUACUGUACAGUCUGUGAUAAGUAAUAAAAAAACCCGUCAUAUUUCAUUCCCUUGCCUUUCCUGUUUGGGGGGACAGAGGACAUCAUUGUUAAGACAAUCCAUACAAACAUGUAUCGCCUAAGCACUUGCAAAAUAAAUUUUACCAAGAAAAAAAAAACCAAAACAACAAAAACCUGUGGUUUCUUUUUUAUCAUCAUGACAGAGAAGUAUUUAAAGUGGAAACAUUUAAGACCACAUGAAUUUGCCUUGAUUGAAAUGUGUAAUUCCAUUAUCAGCCAACAGGUGGGGCAAGAUAACUGCUUGAUUAUCCUUACAGGAGCAGUUUUUGUGUGUUUCAAGGUGACACCAGGACGUGUCAUCAGUUGCUCUCACAGCUUUAUAACUGUACAGAUGUAGAUGUGUCUGUUAGCUGCUGUUGUUCUACU